AUGAGUUUAAAAUUAAAUAUUCAAAGAUGAUUAUUUUCUACAAAUGCUAAGGAUAUCGCGGUUCUGUAUUUUAUUUUUGCUUUAUUUUCAGCAAUGAUUGGUACAGGAUUAUCCGCUAUAAUUAGAUUAGAAUUAGCUAACACAGGAUCACCGUUCUUACAUGGAAAUACUCAAGCAUUUAAUGUAGUGAUCACAGCUCAUGCAAUAUUAAUGAUAUUCUUCUUCGUCAUGCCAGCUUUAGUAGGAGGUUUUGGUAAUUACUUAAUGCCAUUAAUGUUAGGAGCUAGUGAUAUGGCUUUCGCUAGAUUAAACAAUAUCUCAUUCUGAUUAUUAGUACCUUCAUUAAUAUUAAUAUUAACUUCAGCUUUAGUUGAAGCUGGUGCUGGUACAGGAUGAACUGUAUAUUUCCCAUUAGCAGGUAUCCAAUCACAUAGUGGUCCAGCUGUAGAUUUAGCUAUCUUCAGUUUACAUUUAUCAGGAUUCUCAUCAUUAUUAGGAGCUAUCAACUUCAUAACAACUUUCAUUAACAUGAGAACAAUUGGAAUGAAAUAUGAGAAUGUUCCAUUAUUCGCUUGAGCAGUAUUAUUUACAGCUAUCUUAUUAUUAUUAAGUUUACCUGUAUUAGCUGCUGGAUUAACAAUGGGAAUCUUCGAUAGAAACUUUAAUACUUCAUUCUUCGAGUAUGCAGGUGGUGGUGAUGCUGUAUUAUACCAACACCUAUUCUAUUGAUGAAAUCACCCAGAGGUAUAUAUUUUAAUUAUACCUGGAUUCGGUAUAAUUAGUCAUGCAGUUUCUGCAAUCGCAUCUAAACCAGUAUUUGGUGUACAAGGAAUGAUUUACGCUAUGUGAUCUAUUGGAUUAUUAGGAUUCUGUGUUUGAAGUCAUCACAUGUUUGCCGUAGGUUUAGAUUCAGAUACUAGAGCUUACUUCACAUCAGCUACAAUGGUUAUUGCUGUACCAACAUCUAUUAAAAUCUUCUCUUGAUUAGCAACUCUUUACGGAGGUACAAUCAGAUUAAACGUAACUGCAUUAUUUGCUUUAGGUUUCAUCUUCUUAUUCACAAUAGGUGGAUUAACAGGAGUUGUAUUAGCUAACUCAGCAUUAGAUAUCCCAUUCCACGAUAGAAAAUUAAAUAAAAGAUUUAGUUCUCAAAAAACUCCCCUAAAGGAUCCCUCUCUCUUAAAUAUUAAAAAUGAUUUAGAAAGAGGGGCUAAUAAUAUCUUACCUUUUUUUGUUGGUUUAUUUGAUGGAGAUGGUAAUAUACAAGUUAAUCAUUGAAGAAAGAAAAAUCUUCAAUUUAGAUUAGUUAUAGAACUUCUUAAUAAUAUUGGAAAUGUUAGAAUGUUAAACUUAAUUACUAAAGAAUUAGGUGGUAAAAUAAUAUUUUCAGGUAUAAAAGUAAAAUGAACAAUGAAUGAUGCUCAAGAAAUUAUAAAACUUUGUAAUAUUUUUAAAGAGUAUCCUUUAUUAACUAAAAAAAAAAGAUAUCAAUUAGCUUUCUUACAAACUUUCUAUUCUAUAUAUAAAAAUAUUGAUAAAGAAUUAGCUAUGAAAUUAUAUUUUGAAUUAAGAAAUAAUAAAUAUGAUAGCAAUACUUAUAAAUAUUUAAAUAAUAAAACGGGUUGUAAUAAUAAUUAUAUACCUAUUAAUUAUAAUAAAAUUGAUCAAGUUUAUUUUUGUAAUUGAUUUGCUGGCUUUAUUGAAUCUGAAGGUAGCUUCAGUUUAAGAGUUUCAAAUAAUCACUCAUUCUCAUUUUCUCAAAAAGAUUAUGAAUUAAUGUUAUAUUGUAAAACAUUUUUUAAUAUACCUAAUAAAAUUAGAGAUAUAGGAAAUAAUAGUUAUUUAUUAGAAUGUUAUAAAAAAGAACUUUUAGAUAAAUUUACUAUAUUCUUUAAUAAAUAUCCAUUAUAUGGAAAUAAAUUAGAUCAAUUUAUAGAAUUUAAAAAUGCAAGAGAUAAAACUAACUUUUGUCCUCCCUCAGAGGACAAAUAA